UAUUUCAUCAAAACGACACAUCGCAGAGCAACGUUAAAAGUUUUAAUAAAACAGUGUUACGAAUUUGUUUCUAAGUAUUUUCAGUUUAUCCGCAAAACGGAACACAUCACGUGCAAGUUAAACGUUCUUGACGCUAUCACCAAUCUUCGAACAUGAAUAGAAUUCUCUGUGGGUGCAUAUUUGCCGUUACUAUUUUCCUGUGGAUUCCAUCGAGUUACGGCAACUGUCUGUACAAAGCAAUUGCUGAAUUGCAAACAUGUGGAACAGAAAUAAUUGCGAAAUUUUCAAGUGUUUCAGGUAACCCAUCUACAAAAGACGAGAUCGAAAUGAUUUGCAAACCGAAUUCGGCGGAGCUGAAAUUGGUAACAGAUUGCAUGAGCAAAAUAACCGAUUGUCAAGACCUUCAGAAGUUCGUAAGCUAUGCUGGAAUCAAUAUCAGCCAUGUGCUUGAUAACAUUCCUGUAUUGUGUAAAGGCAAGGAGGAUCUAAUAUCCGGUGAAAGCUGCUUCAACAAUGUGCCGAAUGAACCAACUACUUUUGGAUCACUAACCAACGAAAUAAAUUCCUUGGUACCGAAGCUUAUAAAAAAGGAAAUAAAUGAAGAUUACUACUUUGAACAAAUCUGUCCAUUAUUGAAAAAAGGAAUGGACCAAACAAUUGCCGGCAUGAAAUGUCCAGAAAAAACUGAGAAGGUAUUGAGUGAUUAUUUCAGUGCUAUUAUGUCUGACGAGUGUCAACGAGUGAACUUAAGUGUACAAACCGUUUCAAAUGUUUACUUCAUUUCAUUAUUAAUUCUUAUCACUCUUUUCCUUAUUGGUUAAAAACUAUAUUAUAUAACAACAUUUAUCUUCAUCAUGAGUUGCCUUAUUAUAAUUAAAAUAACAGUCUUUUACUGAGGUCGAUUUAAUCAACAUUCCCACAAACUUAAAGCAUUGUGCUAAUCAAAUUUAAUAAGAAUUUAUAGCAGGAGGAUGGUGGAUUGGCGGGCAGAAAUAGUACAGAAAGCGAUUUCGUCACAUACCACUAUGUUCCGAGUUCAAAUCCUAACACUCUAGUUUAUUUUGCUUUUUUAUAUUUGGAGAUCGAUAUAAGAGAAUCGGUUUAAGUGAGCGAAGAAAAGAAUUGCGAUUCAUGUUAAUAUAAUAAAUAUCAUCAAAAUA